UGACCCGAAAAUAUCUCUUGCCUCCUCUUUUUUCACUAACUUCUCACUCAACAGCAGCCCCUUAAGACAUGGCCUCGAAAAGAGCAUUGGUAAUUCUGGCAAAAGGGGCAGAGGAAAUGGAAACUGUAAUCCCCACUGAUGUUAUGAGAAGAGCUGGGAUCAAGGUGACUGUUGCAGGCCUAACAGGAAAAGAUCCAGUUCAGUGCAGUCGAGAUGUCUUCAUUUGUCCUGAUGCCAGUCUAGAAGAUGCCAGAAAAGAGGGGCCUUACGAUGUCAUUGUCCUACCUGGAGGUAACCUCGGUGCUCAAAACUUGUCAGAGUCUUCUGCUGUUAAAGACGUUUUGAAGGAUCAGGAAAGCAGAAAAGGCCUGAUUGCUGCUAUAUGCGCAGGUCCUACUGCCCUUCUGGCACAUGGGAUAGGGUUUGGAAGCAAAGUCACAACGCAUCCUUUGGCCAAAGAUAAAAUGAUGAAUGGAGCUCACUACUGCUACUCCGAGAGCCGCGUGGAGAAAGAUGGGAACAUCCUCACCAGCCGUGGCCCUGGUACCAGCUUUGAGUUUGGGUUGGCCAUUGUUGAAACACUGAUGGGGAAGGAAGUGGCCGAACAGGUGAAGGCACCCCUAAUAUUGAAAGAGUGAAGAGUUAGUGUGGGACAGGGAUUAGAACAAUUUCAGAUGGAGAGUCUUAUCCUUUGUAGAAUAACAAAAAGAUGCACGGUUGUAAAUCCCAUUUAACUGUGGUUGAAAUUAGCAGCAGUACUGACCUAUAUUGGGACGUCUUACAAACUAAUGGUCUUUAUUCCUGGAUCCUGUUAGCAAAAAGCUUUAUCAGUAAGAAGAAGCCAGCUUUUAAUAAUCUUAUCUCUUGGAUGGCAUUUAAAAAUCACAUGGACAAAUGUUUAGUGAUAAAUAAAAAUGAAGCAACUCUG